AUGACUUCUCGAUACAGAGUCGAAUAUGCGCUCAAAAGCCACAGAAGAGACGAAUUUAUUGAAUGGAUCAAAGGGCUUCUAGCUGUUCCAUUUGUGCUCCAUUCAGACAUUGAGAAUUACAGUCAGGAAUAUGUAUUGGAGGGUCUCGAGAACGAAAUGGACGUCGAUGAUCUGCAAUUGGAAAGAACUUGCCAGGCACGAUACCUUGAAAUAUUCAAUGAUGUGGAAAAACUCGUUGAUAACACUAUUUUCUUGGACACUUUCGAGCCUGAUGAGCAACAUGUUUCCCGAAGCCGGUUGCGACUGCUUGUUCCGACCCUUGGCCGGUUCUUCACCCGUUUGCCCUUGAAGGAAGCAUUCCUUAUCGAAGAUAAAAAACGGCUGAUUUCCCGCAGACGUCUUGUGAGCCCGUCCUUCAAUGAUGUGAGAAGUAUCUUGAACACAGCCCAGGUUUUAGCACUUACCAGCAAUGCCCAAUCCAAGCUCAAAUUGGUCACUUUCGAUGGAGAUGUGACAUUAUAUGAUGACGGAAAAUCUCUCACGUCCGAUUCUCCUUUGGUAGACUGUUUGGUGAAUUUGCUUUCGUUGGAUUUAUUUGUUGCUGUGGUUACUGCUGCUGGAUACCCAGGCCAUCAAGGAGCGUUCGAGUAUCACAAACGGCUUUUGGGGCUCAUUGAGGUGCUUCGUGAAACAGAUAAGUUGCUGGAAAAGCAGAAGUCAAACUUCUUGGUGAUGGGUGGUGAGUCCAAUUAUUUGUUCCGCUUCAGCAGUGAAUCAGGCAAUUUGGAGUUUAUCGAUGGGCAAGAGUGGUACUUACCAAUGAUGCGCCAAUGGGACCAGUUGAAACUUAUAGAAAUCAUGAACGAAACACACACCCACUUGAGGUUCUUGCGCAAGAAAUUCCGCCUAGAUGACGACUCCAAAACGAAGAUCAUUCGCAAGGAAAGAUCGCUCGGUAUCAUUCCGCUUCAUGGUUAUAAAAUCAACCGCGAAACCCUUGAGGAGAUUGUGUUAUCCUUGCUGGCGAAAUUACACAGUCUCCUACACCCCAGAGGACCACAAGGUGUGAACCUUUUGAGUACAGAUGAGAACACAGCGUCCCGAAAGUCAACCUCAGAUUUCCGUGUUUGUGCUUUUAACGGUGGCUCUGACGUGUGGGUAGACAUUGGAGAUAAGGCAUUAGGUGUGCAAGCUUUACAACGGUACUUGUGCCGCUUCCAUGUCGAUGACGAUACUUGUCCCAUUUCGAAGUCGGAAAGUUUACACAUUGGCGAUCAGUUUGCAUCGGUAGGAGCAAAUGAUUUCAAGGCUCGUCUAAGCGCAUGUACAGUGUGGAUUGCCAGUCCAAGAGAAACGAGGGAAAUAUUAGAGGAUUUGAUAGAAGGCUUGAGGAAUCGCGGGAGCCAGAAUGGAAAGAAACAGUAUUAG